UGUGCAACAUCCGAUACUAUUCCUCAGCGCGAUUACGUAUUGGAUUUCAGCAAAUACAAAUCCUCAGCUUCUGAAUUUUUCCAUGAUCCACGUAGGUGGUUUCAGUUGACGUCAAAUAACGCUUUCCUGGAACUUUUGUUACAGAUACCUUUGGCAGUAAUGGAAACAACAAGUGACAGUCGGCGUGUUAUUGAUGUACAGUUAAAAACCCAUUGCCACAGUGUUAUCAACACAGCUAGUGAUAUGAUUAUCAUGGAGCUCGCAGAAUAUAUCUCAAAAGCCGAGAACGCAACGGCUGCAGCCGAUUUUGAUCUCGCGAAAAGCGAGGCGCUGAAACCGGAAACUAUGCAAAAUUUUGCGGGGCAAGCGUAUAAGAAGUUGACGCGCUUGUGGCCAGAAAUAAAAAAAUGCUUCGAUUUGUACAUCGGCGUUAAGGAAACUGAAGAAAUUCUUUUACAGCCGAUAAAAAAGAAGAUCAUUGACACAUUUACACGCGCGAGUGUUUUUGCGAACAAAUAUUAUGAUGAAGAGCAGAAGCAGAUUGCAAGCCUACCGACACAGGAACAUAUCUGGUUAUUUUUGGAAAAAUCGGUGUUACAUUCAGUGAACAUUUCGGUAAGCAUUGAUAUCGCCAUUGCGAACUGGGAACGUUAUAAGAGAGAACUGAGUUGGCUGGGUUAUACGGUGUUAGAACGACUACUGGGCCACGGAUUUGCUCAAAAUUGCUCGUUAUAG